GGCGGCGCUGGGCGCCUUAAGAGGAGCGCGGCGGCAGCCGGCACCGUUCCGAGCUUCUCCGCGCCUGCAGCAUGGCCCUGCGCAGCAGCUUCGCCCGGCUCCUCCGCAAACAGGCGGACGCAGGGCUGCAGCGGAGCCGGCAGGCGCACUCCGUGGCGUUGGUGGGAGCUCCGCUGUCCAGGGGGCAGAAACGGCGGGGAGUGGAUCAUGGACCCGCUACUCUUCGCGCCGCGGGGCUGGUGGAGCGGCUGGCCGGGCUCGGAUGCCAAGUGUACGACUUUGGAGAUCUGAAUUUCACUCAAGUUCCAAACGAUGAACUGUACAACAACCUGAUCUUAUACCCACGGUCGGUGGGUUUGGCCAGCCAGAUUCUGGCCGAUGCUGUAAGCAGAGCAGUAGCCGCUGGACACAGCUGUGUGACAAUAGGAGGUGACCACAGCUUGGCGCUUGGUUCUGUCAGUGGCCACGCGCGGCAGUGCCCACACCUUGGUGUCAUCUGGGUGGAUGCACAUGCUGAUAUCAACACCCCUCUCACAACUCAGUCUGGAAGCCUCCAUGGACAACCUCUUUCAUUUCUCUUGAGAGAGCUCCAAGAUAAAGUACCACAGCUUCCUGGCUUCUCCUGGCUAAAGCCAUGCCUUUCAGCAUCUGAUAUUGUGUACAUUGGUUUGAGGGACGUGGAUCCUGCUGAAUACUAUAUUUUGAAGAACUAUGACAUCCAAUACUUCUCCACGAGGGAUAUUGAUCGCCUGGGAAUUCAGAAAGUUAUGGAAAGAACAUUUGAGCAACUGAUGGGCAGGAGACAGAGACCACUUCACCUGAGUUUUGACAUUGAUGCUUUUGACCCCUCGCUGGCUCCAGCCACUGGGACUCCUGUUCUAGGUGGAUUAACCUACAGAGAAGGCAUGUACAUCACAGAGGAGAUACACAACACAGGAAUGCUUUCAGCUGUAGACAUGGUUGAAGUCAAUCCACUGCUUGGAGCUUCUCAAGAGGAAGUGAAAGCAACUGCUAGUCUGGCAAUCGAUGUGAUAGCAACGUGCUUUGGGCAGACAAGGGUAGGACCACAGGCUGCCUUUGACGAACUCCCAACACCCAGUUCUCCAGAUGAAUCUGACAGCGAAGAGCAAGUGAGGAUUUAAGAGCCCAAAGGGUAUACUGGACAUUACAGAGCUCUGCUGAGGCACUUGAGUGGACGUGUCAACAUUUGGCAAACACUGUUACCUUCUCAAUUUUUAAAUAAACUAGAUUUUCCACUGA